GGGGGCGGGGACCCGGAGCGGGAAGAUGGCGGCGGCGCAGGAGGCGGACGGGGCCGGCAGCGCCGUGGUGGCGGCCGGGGGAGGCGGCUCCGGUCAGGUGACCAGCAAUGGCAGCAUCGGGAGGGAUCCGCCGGCGGAGACCCAGCCCCAGAACCCAGCGCCCCAGCCAGCACCCAAUGCCUGGCAGGUCAUCAAAGGCGUACUGUUCAGGAUCUUCAUUAUCUGGGCCAUCAGCAGCUGGUUCCGCCGAGGGCCGGCCCCUCAGGACCAGGCAGGCCCCGGAGGAGCCACGCGUGUCGCCAGCCGGAACCUGUUCCCCAAAGACACUUUAAUGAACCUGCACGUGUACAUCUCCGAGCACGAGCACUUCACAGACUUCAACGCCACGUCAGCGCUGUUCUGGGAGCAGCAGGACCUGGUGUACGGGGACUGGACAAGCGGUGAGCAUGCCGACGGCUGCUAUGAGCACUUCGCCGAGCUCGACAUACCGCAGAGCGUGCAGCAGAACGGCUCCAUCUACAUCCAUGCCUACUUCACCAAGAGCGGCUUCCACCCAGACCCCCGACAGAAGGCGUUGUACCGCCGGCUGGCCACGGUGCACACGUCCCGGAUGAUCAACAAAUACAAACGCCGACGGUUCCAGAAAACCAAGAACCUGCUCACGGGUGAGACUGAGGCCGACCCAGAAAUGAUAAAGAGGGCCGAGGACUAUGGCCCCGUGGAAGUGAUCUCCCACUGGCACCCCAAUAUCACCAUCAACAUCGUGGACGACCACACGCCCUGGGUGAAGGGCAGCGUGCCUCCACCCCUGGACCAGUACGUGAAGUUCGACGCGGUGAGCGGCGACUACUACCCCAUCAUCUACUUCAACGACUACUGGAACCUGCAGAAGGAUUACUUCCCCAUCAACGAGAGCCUGGCGCGCCUGCCGCUGCGCGUGUCCUUCUGCCCGCUCUCGCUGUGGCGCUGGCAGCUCUACGCUGCGCAGAGCACCCGUUCGCCUUGGAACUUCCUGGGGGAUGAGCUGUACGAGCAGUCGGACGAGGAGCAGGACUCGGUGAAGGUGGCCCUCCUGGAGACCAACCCCUACCUGCUGGCGCUCACCAUCGUGGUGUCCAUUGUCCAUAGUAUCUUCGAGUUCCUGGCCUUCAAGAAUGACAUCCAGUUCUGGAACAGCCGGCAGUCGCUGGAGGGCCUCUCCGUGCGCUCUGUCUUCUUCGGCGUUUUCCAGUCCUUCGUGGUCCUGCUGUACAUCCUGGACAACGAGACCAACUUUGUGGUCCAGGUCAGCGUCUUCAUCGGGGUCCUCAUCGACCUCUGGAAGAUCACCAAGGUUAUGGAUGUCCGGCUGGACCCAGAGCACAAGGUGGCAGGUCUGUUCCCCCGGCCGACCUUCAAGGACAAGUCCACGUACAUCGAGUCCUCAACCAAAGUGUACGACGACAUGGCGUUCCGGUACCUGUCCUGGAUCCUCUUCCCGCUGCUGGGCUGCUACGCCGUGUACAGCCUCCUGUACCUGGAGCACAAGGGCUGGUACUCGUGGGUGCUCAGCAUGCUCUACGGCUUCCUGCUGACUUUUGGCUUCAUCACCAUGACGCCCCAGCUCUUCAUCAACUACAAGCUCAAGUCCGUGGCCCACCUGCCCUGGCGCAUGCUCACCUACAAGGCCCUCAACACCUUCAUCGACGACCUCUUCGCCUUUGUCAUCAAGAUGCCCGUCAUGUACCGGAUCGGCUGCCUGCGUGAUGACGUCGUCUUCUUCAUCUACCUCUACCAACGGUGGAUCUACCGCGUGGACCCCACGCGUGUCAAUGAGUUUGGUGUGAGCGGAGAGGUCGCCUCGCCCCCCGCCGCCUCCGUCAGAGAGGACAGCCCCGCGCCCCUGCCCGCCAAGCCCACCGCUGCGCCCCAGGAAGCCCCUCCAAAGCCAGCAGAGGACAAGAAAAGGGAUUAGCCACUCUGGUCCCCUCACCUGCGACUGGUGUCUCGGCCCCACCUCCCCCCUUGUUGCCCCCUCCCUGGACAGAUGGGCCGGGUGGGUGGCAGGAGGUGCCCCCCCUACUACCCGGGGCCGGGCGGGCCGCUGUGUGAUGCAGGGGCCGCGCCUUUUAUGGGGGGAGUCUCCGGCCUGCUGUCUGCUCCCUGGAAGAUGAGGAGUCACGGGAGGCCGGCAGGGGAGGGGCCGGGCCCCUCUCUGGGGUGCCCAGGGCCCCCCAGCAUCUCAUCCCACAUCCCCUGACCACCCCUCCUCCCAGACCACCACCCUGUCACCGUCUGGAUUUAAUAAAUUCAUAUGGGUGUUUACCUGGAA